AUGCGAUCUAUACUUCAGCUACGCACUUUCCAAAAACCUUUCGCACGAGGACUCGCUACGGUCGCCGAAAUAGUUGAACCAAUAGCCUCAAGCUCGACCUCUUCUAAUCCAGUUGGAAAAUGGACACCUCAUACGCUUAGGACAGGUUUGAUAGCUAGGAAAAGAGGUAUGACCGCUUUGUGGGAUCAGGAUGGAAGGAGAUGGCCCGUGACCGUGUUGCAGGUUGAUGCCAACCAAGUUAUCCGACAUAAUCCACCUCCCUCAACCUCACCAUUCCACACCCUCCAAAUCGGAGCUUCCAAACGUCCCGAGAAAACUACCCCUGCCCAACAAUUGGGUCAUUUCAAGAAAGCAGGCGUGGAACCGAAAUACAGAUUGAAGGAGUAUCAAGUUUCAGACGAUGGUGUUUUGGCUGUGGGGACCGAAUUGAAUGCGGGACAUUUUGUUCCUGGGCAGUAUGUCGAUGUGCAGGGUACAUCCAUCGGCAAAGGUUUCCAAGGUGUGAUGAAACGAUAUGGAUUCAGAGGUCUGAAAGCUUCUCAUGGUGUUUCAGUCAAGCAUCGAUCAGGAGGUUCCAUUGGUCAGAAUCAGGAUCCAGGUCGAGUCAUCCCCAAUAAGAAAAUGCCCGGUCAUAUGGGCACAUCAACCGUGACGACUCAAAACCUCCUCGUACACAAGAUUGACACAGUCCUUAAUCUCGUAUACGUGAGGGGUGCAGUGCCAGGAUCAGAUGAUAGUUUCAUCUCCAUCAGGGAUUCAAAGAAAGCUUUGAUUUCGAAGUCUAAGUUGAGUUUGAAGAAAGGUAAUUCAGAAGAUCAAUGGUUAGGUAACAACCUUACUAGUUUACCUACUCCUGCUGGUACUAAGGAUAGGGUCCAGCGGGAAGGUUGGCCUGAGGUUGUGGAGUGGAGAGGUGAAGGAUGGAGUGAGAAGUAA